UGCCUCGGGUUCUUCCCAGUUCCCAGUGCCUGGACUCUCGACGCUUUCGUUCCAACUAGAUCGCGGGACUUGCGAGUCAGAGUGGGCGACCGGCUGGCUCACCGACGUGGGGUGGGCGGACCCGAAGCCUGGAGUCGUGGCCCCCGCCUCCGGUGUCGGCGAGCCCGGGCGACCGCCUAGGCAGUGUCCGCCAUCAAGCAGGAGCUCUUCCCAAGGCUACCCAGCCCACACCACAUGGGUAUUCUCUUUGCUGCUCUCCAGCCUCUGUCACCUGCACUUCGUCUCCUCAAGAAAUGAACACAGAAGCAGAACAACAACUUCUUCAUCAUGCCAGAAAUGGCAAUGCUGAGGAAGUAAGACAGCUGCUAGAAACCAUGGAGAGAAAUGAAGUAAUUGCUGACAUUAAUUGCAAAGGAAGAAGUAAGUCUAAUUUGGGCUGGACACCUCUUCAUUUGGCAUGCUAUUUUGGACAUAGACAAGUGGUCCAGGAUCUGUUGAAGGCAGGUGCAGAAGUAAAUGUUUUAAAUGACAUGGGAGACACACCACUUCAUCGAGCUGCCUUUACAGGACGAAAGGAGUUGGUAAUGUUUCUCUUGGAAUAUAAUGCAGACACUACUGUUGUUAAUGGGAGUGGACAGACAGCAAAAGAAGUUACUCGUGACAAGGAAAUCAGAAACAUGCUUGAAGCUGUAGAAAGAACUCAGCAAAGAAAACUUGAAGAAUUACUUUUAGCAGCGGCAAGAGAAGGCAAAACAGCAGAACUCACAGCUCUGCUCAACAGGCCCAACCCUCCUGAUGUUAACUGUUGGGAUCAGUUAGGAAAUACGCCCCUGCAUUGUGCAGCUUACCGGGCCCAUAAGCACUGUGCCUUAAAGCUUCUAAAAAGUGGAGCGGAUCCUAAUCUGAAGAACAAAAACGAUCAGAAGCCUCUCGAUCUUGCCCAGGGUGCUGAAAUGAAACACAUGCUCACUGGUAAUAAGGUCAUCUACAAAGCAUUGACACGAUAUGAAGGUCCUCUCUGGAAGAGUUCAAGAUUUUUCGGCUGGAGGUUGUUCUGGGUAGUGUUAGAACAUGGAGUCCUUUCAUGGUAUAGGAAACAGCCUGAUGCAGUGCAUAAUAUUUAUCGCCAGGGAUGCAAACACCUCACUCAAGCAGUAUGCACGGUAAAAUCCACUGAUAGCUGCCUCUUCUUUAUUAAAUGCUUUGAUGACACUAUUCAUGGCUUCAGGGUUCCUAAGAAUAGCCUUCAGCAGUCAAGAGAGGACUGGCUAGAAGCAAUAGAAGAGCAUUCCGCUUACAGCACUCACUACUGUUCCCAGGACCAGUUGAGCGAUGACGAAGAGGAGGGUGCAGUUUCUGCUGUAGACAUGAAGGAGUCAUUAGCGAAAGCACAGGCAUGCCAAGAGAGACUAGACAGUGAAAUUUCCAACUUUCUCAAAAUGAUUAAGGAGUGUGACAUGGCUAAAGAAAUGCUUCCAUCAUUUCUUCAGAAAGUUGAAGUUGUCUCUGAAGCCUCUAGAGAAACUUGUGUAGCUUUGAGCGAUUGCCUUCAUCUCUUCACUAAACAAGAAGGGGUGAGGAAUUUUAAAUUGGAACAAGAGCAAGAAAAAAACAAAAUUUUGUCAGAAGCCCUGGAGACCCUAGCCACUGAACAUCAUGAAUUAGAGCAGUCUCUGGUUAAAGGGUCACCACCUCUCAGCAUCCUUAGUGAGGAUGAGUUCUAUGAUGCGCUGUCAGAUUCCGAGUCGGAGCAGUCCCUGACUAGACUGGAAGCUGUGACGGCGCACUCAUUUGAAGAGGAAGGAGAGCAUUUGAGCAGUAGAAAAAACAGAAUGUCUGAAGGAAAAGAUUGUGGUGGUGGUGAUUCCCUCUCCAAUGGUAUCAAAAAACACAGAACAAGCUUGCCAUCCCCUAUGUUUUCCAGAAAUGACUUCAGUAUCUGGAGCAUCCUCAGAAAAUGUAUUGGAAUGGAACUCUCCAAGAUCACGAUGCCAGUUAUUUUUAAUGAGCCUUUAAGCUUCCUACAGCGACUAACUGAAUAUAUGGAGCAUACAUACCUCAUCCACAAAGCCAGUUCACUUUCUGAUCCUGUGGAAAGGAUGCAGUGUGUAGCUGCAUUUGCUGUAUCUGCAGUUGCUUCUCAGUGGGAACGUACUGGAAAGCCUUUCAAUCCACUACUGGGAGAGACUUAUGAAUUAGUUCGAGAUGACCUUGGCUUCAGACUCAUCUCCGAACAGGUCAGCCAUCACCCACCAAUUAGUGCAUUUCAUGCUGAAGGAUUAAACAAUGAUUUCAUCUUUCAUGGUUCAAUCUAUCCCAAACUCAAGUUCUGGGGGAAGAGUGUAGAAGCUGAGCCCAAAGGAACAAUCACCUUGGAGCUCCUUGAACACAAUGAAGCAUAUACAUGGACAAACCCUACAUGCUGUGUGCAUAAUAUCAUUGUAGGUAAACUCUGGAUUGAGCAGUAUGGCAAUGUGGAAAUCACAAACCACAGGACCGGGGACAAAUGUGUGUUGAAUUUUAAGCCAUGUGGCCUUUUUGGUAAGGAAUUACACAAAGUUGAAGGCUACAUUCAAGAUAAAAGCAAAAGGAAACUGUGUGCCCUCUAUGGGAAAUGGACUGAAUGUUUAUACAGUGUUGACCUUGCUACUUUUGAUGCUUACAAGAAAAAUGAUAAGAAAAAUACCGAGGAGAAGAAGAACAGCAAACAGUUGAGCACUUCUGAGGAGUCAGAUGAAAUGCCAGUGCCAGAUUCUGAAAGUGUGUUUGUUAUCCCUGGAAGUGUCCUCCUGUGGCGAAUAGCCCCACGGCCUCCAAACUCCGCCCAGAUGUAUAAUUUUACUAGCUUUGCAAUGGUUUUAAAUGAAGUAGACAAGGAAAUGGAAAGUGUAAUCCCUAAAACAGACUGCAGGUUACGACCUGACAUAAGAGCCAUGGAAAAUGGAGAAAUAGAUCAAGCCAGUGAAGAAAAAAAACGACUUGAGGAAAAACAAAGAGCAGCCCGCAAAAACAGGUCCAAGUCAGAAGAGGACUGGAAGACCAGGUGGUUCCAUCAAGGGCCCAAUCCCUACAAUGGAGCACAGGACUGGCUUUUCUCGGGCAGCUACUGGGACAGAAACUACUUCAAUUUGCCUGACAUUUAUUAAAAUGCAGACAAGUCAGGGUGUUUGGCUAAUUACAGAUAAGUCUUAACCUUUUUUUUUUCUUGGUUUCUACUUAUCUUAAGAAAACCCACUUAUGAGAUAACUUAGAUUCCAGCCAAUAAAGUAGGGCAUUAGGUGAUGCUGGUGAUGAAAGUCUUAAGAAAAACAGAUAAUUUUGCUAUCCAAACAUACUUAUUUGGAAUACUAUUUUAUAAAGAGGUAAGAGAAAUUGCUGGGGAAUAUGCUUUUUAUGGUUGCUAUUGCCAUAUUUACUGAAGGUUUAUACCUAAAUGUAACUUUAGCUCUGUGGAAUUCUACAGUAAUCCCAAAUCCAGUUAUUUUGAAUAUUUUUAUGCUGUCAUGCUUGAAUGUCUUAGAUGUACUUUGAAAUGUUUAGAAUUCUAUAGUGUUUAGUGCUCAAAUGUAGAGAAGAUUAUGCCAUUUUAUCAUGACUACAUUGAUAAGAUGCCUUUUCUUCAUACUCAUCCUCUCAAUUUUACCCUUUCUCACCUCCCAAAAGAAAAAAGACCCUGAAUAUUCACAAUUGGUAUUCCUGAUUUGAAACUUUUAAACUAAAAGAAGUUGGUUUUCUUUGCUUAUUUUGGUUUUGUGAGUUUUCCUUUACAAUUUUCUGUAAUCAAUGUCAUUUGAGUUAAAAGAUCUUUAAAUUGUACAAAAGUUUAAAUUGAAAAAAAAAGUAUAAAAAUCUAGCAAUUCACAAAAAUGCCCUAGAAAUAUAGAUUUUAAUCAUUAUAUAAUGACAAACCUUUUUAAAUGCUUCAGCUACCAGUGGCCAAGUGCCUGCAGCAAAAUUAAGUUCACUGAUCUACAUAUGAGUAUCAAACCAUAUAAAAGGAGGCCUGUGUACUUAAAAUAUGUAUGGAGACCUACUGUACAGUAGCUUUACCCCUUUAAUUGGGGUACAUUUAUCUUUUGGUAUUUACUCACCCACACAAACCCCAGACUGAGAUAUUGCUCCAAGGGGCCUUAGGUAGCUGCAAGUUAAUUUAAUUGCUGUCUCGAAGUAAACAAGUGUUACGAUGAAAUAAUUUACCUAACGCUAAAUAAAGGCUUUGGAAUGUUCCAAAGGUGUGGUUUCUUUUAAAAUUUCAAACAUACAUUUUGAUAUAUGUAUGUUGCCACUUAAUACUGUCCUUUAUUAUCAGGAGAAAUCUUUUUGGUUUUUGGGCCAAAGAGGUAACCAGCCAACUAGUAUACACUGUGGGUAAGUACAGUAUUAUAGUGGUGCUGCUGUAUUCAUUUUGUUGUAACACCAAAUAGCUAACUGUUAAGUGGGAGUACUUGGCUAGAAAACCUGUGACUAGAUGUGCUAGAGUGUAGGAAGGGUUAAAAAAAAAAACUUAAAAUGUAUACAUAAGAAUUGGAAAAUGCAGUUGCUUCACAAGUCUGAAAAGCUUUAAGGCCUUUUGAGUUUUGUUAUUUGUAUACCUUCUAAAUGACAUGAAAGAUAAGAAUACAAGGUUU